GUCAAAAGAUGAAAAUACAGCCCAAUCAGAAAGACCAGCCGAGUUUCCAGCUACGUACUUUGUGAAUCUAGACGGAUUCAUUUGGACCCAUAUUUCUGAAAUGGAUAACAUUUUGAAUAGCAAGCCCGAUAACCUAGAGGAUUAUUACGGGUUAUUAGGGUGUGAUGAAUUAUCGUCGAUGGAACAGAUAGUCAAUGAAUACAGGGUCAGAGCCUUGACAUGUCAUCCAGACAAGCACCCUGAUAACCCAAGAGCAGUUGAAGAUUUUCAGAAGCUGAGGGAAGCCAAAGAGAUUUUGUGUAAUGAGAGCAGCAGAAAAAUGUAUGACUUGUGGAGCAGAAGUGGAGUUACUAUAUCGUUCCAUGACUGGCAAUCUCUGAAAGACUCUGUAAAAACGUCAAUGCAUUGGGCUGUUAGGUCCAAAAAGGAACCAAUGUUAGAGGACUCUAAGUCAACAUUCCCUGUUUCUUCUGAAGAGGCAGACACACACUUUGUAUCAUCAGAUAUACCCUCACCUGGUGCCUUGCCAUCCCAAAAUGAUUGCUGCCAUCGCCGUUUCCGCUGGGCUGCUGAUUCACCUUCCAGUCUUCUACAGAAGUUCAGAAAUUAUGAAAUCUAACAAUGACAACAAAUGUUACACUCUCAUAGCCAGAGUUGAAGAUUAAAUGUAAUUGUGUCUAUUCAAUUCUUGAUUUGUGGUGUCCUAGAUACAGAUGCUGACCAUGGAAGUGCAUAGCCUGGACAGACUGCACUGUAUUUAUUUUUGUAUGGUAAAUAGGGUUAUCAUCACAUAAUAUCAUGGUUUUAAAUCUGUAUACUGUGUAACUAUGUUCAGUACUAUGGCCUUUUAAUUACACAAUAGGCUAAUUGGUUGUUGUAGCCAUGUUUAUAAAGAAAAUAAGUAUUAUCUAAAACUGAAAUAUAUUUGACCCAGGGAUAUAAUGUGGUUUUCAUGAAUAUGUGCCAUGCUGUAUUAUUUGUUCAGUAUUUUGUAUUCGGUGUGUGCAUAUUGCUUUGAAUGUUUUGUCAAUAAUGUAAUAAAUGUAAUAUGAUAUGCUCUU